AUGUCAAUUCAAAAUAAUUCUUUAAUAAGAACACAUGGACGAAAUUCUUCUUAUCCAAUAUGUGAAAAUUUAUCUAAUAAUUUAAAUAAUCAAAUUGGAAUAUUUAAUGGUAGACGAUGUUCAUCAACAAUAACAAUUCCUCCUUCAUCACUUGAUCAAUAUUCAAAAAUAAAUAUUAUAAAUUAUGAAACAUUUGAUCGAUCAAUACAAUCAAAUUUAAAUGAUAAUUCAUCUUGGAUAGAACGAUGUAAACAAAAUCUUACAAAUAUACUUAAACAUAUAUCUAAACCGAUUAUGAAACAAGAUUCAAUGAUGGUGAUUAAUACAGGUCAUCAACAAUUAUCUACAUUUAAUUAUGAUCCUGAACUUGAUUUACGUGAAGAACAUUUAUU